GACUCUGGAAAAGUCAGUGUUGUCUUCCUGACGGCUCCCGGUGGACGGAGUCUGCUCGGCGAACCGCUAGCUAACCGCAAUAUUAAAUAAUAACAGUUCUCUCUGGAAAAGGAAACGAUGGAGGUCGACUCAGUAUUCUACACUGAUCGUAUUGGAGUCACCAGUAACCCUCUGCUGGACCAGUUGCCCAGCUACCAGUCGCUGCUGUACCGCAGGAAGUCGUCGACUGGUGGCGCCAAGCGAAGGGGCAGCUCCAGAACUCGGCUCAGCUCCUCCGGCAGCGGGAAAUGGGGCGUGAGCACGGUCAGCAGACAGGAAGAGAGGCAGAAGGCGCAGAUGGAGCAGAGACCCAUCAGGGAACUAGCCAAGACCAUGGCGGAGAAGCGCAGAGACAAGACGCAGCGCCUGGAGGAGGCCGGGGAGCUUAGCAGCUGGAGACAGUGGAGGCAGAGCACCCGCAGGAAUCUGAGGAGGCUGAAGGAUGAUGCCAAAGGCUGGCUGAGCUCCCUGCAGCUGUGGAGGGGAGAAAUCCAUGUGAUAGAGGGGAUGUUCGGCACGGGGAUCCUGUCUUACUUCUCCUUCCUGCGCUUCCUGGUCAUGCUCAACUUGAUCAUCUUUCUGGUCAUGUUCAGCUUCGUCAUGUUGCCCAUCAUCAUUGCCCCACUUGCUUCCGGGAAUACCACAUACAACCUGAAUGAUGGCAGUGUGUGCAGUGUGUAUCCAAGCAGUUCUCGGCGAGGCCUGGUCAUCUUCCAUGAACACAUUACCGAUCUGCUGUCUGGUGGAGGCUUCCUGGAACAGACCUAUCUUUUCUACGGCUACUACAAGGUGGACAAAAUCCAAUUCUCAAAAGCCACUUAUAAUUUGCCACUGGCAUACCUGUUGGCCACCGUGGCAUACCUGUUCCUCAGCCUCAUCUGGAUCGUUAAAAGGUCUGCCACGGGAUUCAAACGCAGCCUGGUUCAGGACGAGGAUCGCUUCCAGAGUUUUUGCAACAAGAUAUUUGCUGGCUGGGACUUCUGCAUCACCAACGACAACGCGUCAAGGCUGAAGAGAAGCAGUCUGCUUUAUGAGCUCAGGACGGAUUUGGAAGAAGAGAGGAUCAAGCAGAAGAUAGCGGAUCGCACCCGCAAAGAGAAGUGUCGGAUUUACGCCAUCCGCUUCCUCCUCAACCUUUUUGUCAUCGGUGUGUUGGCCGGUUGCUUCUACAGCAUUUAUGUUGCAACCAUCUUCUCCCAGGAAGCACAAUUAAAUAAAGCAAAGGGGAAUUUCAUUGUGGAUCUCAUCGACGAGUAUCUGCCGUCGAUUGUUAUCACCAUGGCCAACUUCAUCACCCCACUCCUCUUCUCCGUCAUCAUCAGCUUUGAGGACUACUCCCCCGCCUUCGAGAUCCGCUUCACUCUCAUAAGGUGCGUCUUCAUGCGGUUGACAAGUGUCGGAGUUUUGCUCUUCUCUCUCUGGUCGCAGAUCACUAAAUGUGACGAGGAGCCCUGUAUCUGUGGCUACAACCACUUGCUUUACUCUUGCUGGGAGACCCGGGUUGGACAGGAGAUGUACAAACUCACCAUCUUUGACUUCAUCAUCAUCGUCGCGGUCACCAUCUUUGUGGAGUUUCCCCGGAAGCUGAUCGUGAAGCACUGUGACUGUGGCCUGGCUAGGUGGUGGGGCCAGCAGGAGUUUGCCAUUCCUCAGAAUGUGCUCGAGAUGGUCUACGGUCAGACCAUCUGCUGGAUCGGCACCUUCUACUGCCCGAUGCUGCCCGCCAUCUGCACCAUCAAAUACUUCUUCAUCUUCUACAUCAAAAAGGUAUCGUUGAUGAAUAACUGCCGACCGGCCACGCGUCCAUUUCGCGCUUCUAGCGCCAACUUCUUCUUCCUCGCAGUGCUGCUGAUUGGCCUGGCUCUGGCCUGUUUGCCUGUCACCGUCAGCGUGGCACAAAUAAACUGUUCCCAGGCCUGUGGACCAUUUGUUAACUACACCACAUCCUGGGAGGUGCUGCCGACUACAGUCUCCCACAUGCCUGAUGGGGUCCAAACCCUGCUCUUCGCUCUCUCAUCAGAGGCCUUUGCAGUCUCCUUCUUUGUCGUUACGUGUUUGGCCAUGUUUUAUGUGAUCGCGCUAGCUGGAGCUCACAAGAGAGUCAUUAACCAGCUCAGGGAGCAGCUAGCCAUGGAGGGCCGUGACAAACGCUUCCUGAUCCAGAAGCUGUGCCAGGCCCAGAGGCCCUCAGCCAUCAAAUCUGCAGGGUCCAACGUUCGGCACCGCAGCAGCAGCAGCAGCAGCAGCUACCACACCAGCUUCUCCAACAAUUUCGACGAGGCAGUGUUCCUCGCACACUCACCUCCAGACUCCUCCACACAUCAGCUCAGCUGGUGCGGAACCGGAGGCAGCGUGCUGGCGGCUCGGGCUCGGGGGACAGCCGGAAAAGAAAAAGAAAAAAUGUUGCGAAUUACGAUCCGGGCUGACAUGGGAUCCCUGUGGGUGUUGUUCUGCAUCAUCUACUCGCAGUGCUGGACCGUGUCCUCCGACGACAUCGUCGUGGCGUGCGGGGGGUUCGUCAAGUCCGACGUGGAAAUCAACUACUCUCUCAUCGAGAUUAAACUGUACACAAAACAAGGAUCCUUGAAAUAUCAAACGGAUUGUGCUCCGAUCAAUGGCUACUUCAUGAUCCCGCUCUAUGACAAGGGAGACUUUAUUUUGAAGAUUGAACCUCCUCUCGGGUGGAGCUUCGAGCCAACCAGUGUCGACCUGCACGUGGACGGAGUUAGUGACAUCUGUACAAAAGAGGAAGACAUCAACUUUGUUUUCACUGGCUUUUCUGUCUCGGGAACGGUUCUGAGUAAGGGUCAUCUGCUGGGUCCGGCAGGCGUAGAAGUCACACUGAGCCGAGAGGGAACCGAGGAGAAACUCCAGGGUGUCGUCACACAGCCCGGAGGAAAGUUCACCUUCCUCAAAGUACUUCCUGGACAAUACGACAUCACAGCUUCCCAUCCCUCUUGGACUCUGGAGCAGAGUUCUACCUCAGUGCACGUCUCCAAUGCCAAUUCCCCGGCCGCUGACCAGCUGCUGGUUGGAGGCUACGACGUCUCGGGGGAGGUCCGCAGUGAUGGAGAGCCCAUGAAAGAGGUCACCUUCCUGCUGUACUCGGCCACAGUCAGGGGAGAGGACGUCGGUGGCUGUAACACAACCCCAGUGGAGGGGGCGGAUUCUGGGGACAGCUCCCUGGUCUACCUGUGCAGCGCUCUGUCCAGGGAAGAUGGCACUUUCAUGUUCCCGUCUCUGGCCAGCGGAGAGUACACUGUGGUACCUUUCUACAGAGGUGAGAGAAUCACUUUUGAUGUCGCUCCAUCUAGAAUGAAUUUCAAGGUUGAGCACAACAGUUUGAAGCUCGAGCCCAUCUUCCGAGUCAUGGGCUUCUCCGUGACGGGCCGAGUUCUCAACAGUGUCGAGGGGGAGGGUGUGUCUGAUGCCGCAGUGUCCCUCAACAACCACAUCAAGGUCGUCAGCAAGGAGGACGGCUCUUUCCGGUUGGAGAACAUGACAGCUGGUACCUACACCAUCCGCGUCAGCAAGGAGCUGAUGCUCUUCGAGCCAAUCACGGUGAAGAUUGCCCCUAACACGCCUCAACUUCCUGACAUCAUCACAGCAGGGUUCAGUGUGUGUGGCCAGAUCUCCAUCAGCCGCCUGCCUGAGGGCAUGAAGCAGCAGGGACGCUACAAAGUCACCCUGACACACCAGGGCCAAGACAAGACCUCCAGCCGGACCAUCGAGUCUGACCCUCAGGGGGCCUUCUGCUUUCAGGCCAAACCUGGAGACUACAGCGUCCAUGUGUCUCUCCCGGAGGCAGAGGUGAAAGCAGGCCUGGCUCUGCAGCCUCAAGCCCUGGAGGUCUCCCUGGUGGACCGGCCCCUCACUGACCUCCUUUUCACCCAGUUCAUGGCUUCUGUCUCUGGAAAAGUUUUCUGUCUCGCAUCCUGCGAUGACCUCUCGGUAAUCCUGCAACCAGUGAGUCGGCAGGGUGAGAGGAGGGCGGUAGCUCUGUCCGGCAGCAACGACAUCCUCAGCUACUCCUUUGACAACGUCCUGCCUGGAAAAUACAAAGUGAGUAUUUCUCAUGAGGAGUGGUGCUGGAAGCACAAGUCCAUGGAAGUGGAAGUUCUGGAUUCGGACGUCUUGGGGGUGGAGUUCAGACAGAUUGGCUACAUCCUGCGCUGCUCCCUCUCCCAUGCCAUCACUUUGGAGUUCUUCCAAGAUGGCAGCAAACCCGAGAACGUCGGCAUGUACAACCUCUCUAAGGGGGUGAACCGCUUCUGCCUCUCCAAGCCUGGUGUUUACAAAGUCACCCCUCGUUCCUGCCAUCAGUUUGAGCAGGAUUUCUACACCUAUGAUACCUCGGCCCCCAGCAUCCUCACCCUCACUGCAGUGCGGCAUCACAUGACUGGGCUCAUCACCACUGACAAGAUUCUAGACGUCACAGUUACCAUCAAGUCGUCCAUCGAGAGCGAGCCGGCGCUGGUGCUGGGUCCCCUCCGGAGCCUGGAGGAGCAGCGGCAGGAGCAGCAACUGCAAGAGAUCCAGCUCCGCCGCCAGGAACGGGAGCGCCGUGCCGCAGAGGAGGACGGAGGUGCGAGGGACGACAGCCCGCCAAUCCAAGAGAAGGCCGACGAGCUGACAGGCCCAUUCCACUAUGAGUUCUCCUACUGGGCCAGGGCAGGAGAGAAGAUCACAGUGACUCCCUCUUCCAAGGAACUGCUGUUCUACCCACCUGAAGUAGAGGCCACUAUCACUGGAGAGUCCUGUCCUGGUCGGCUAGUAGACAUCGCAGGGCGGGCCGGUCUCUUCCUGGAGGGCAAGGUCUCACCAGAGCUGCAGGGUGUAGAGAUCGCCAUCACUGAAAGAGGAGCCACUGCACCGCUCAUUACCGUGGCCACUAACGAGAAUGGAGCAUACAACGUGGGUCCACUUCACAGCGACCGGCAGUACGACAUCAGCGCCAGCAAAGAGGGUUUCAUCCUGAGUCCUGUGGAGGGAACCCAGGGGGAUUUCAAGGCGUUCGCUCUGGCUGGCGUCACCUUCAAGAUCCGAUCAGAGGACGGCCUGCCUCUGUCUGCGGUCCUGCUGUCUCUGAGUGGAGGACAGUUUCGCUCCAACCUUUUGACCCAGGACACUGGACUGCUCACCUUUAAUAACCUGAGCCCUGGUCAGUACUACUUCAAGCCCAUGAUGAAGGAGUUCCGCUUCGAGCCGGCGUCUCAGAUGAUCACAGUGGAGGAAGGUCAAAACCUCAGUAUCGACAUAACCGGCAUCAAGACUGCAUACAGCUGCUAUGGAGCGGUACAGUCUCUUAGUGGGGAUGCAGAGCGGGACGUCGCCGUGGAGGCGGUGGGUCAGGGGGAGUGUAGCCUCUACAGCGAGGACACCGUCACUGACGAGGAGGGCCGCUUCAGACUCAGGGGUUUGCUGCCGGGUUGUAAGUAUCUGAUCCAACUUCGCGCUGAGGGCAACGACCACAUCGAGAGGGCUCUGCCCCAACACAGAGCUAUAGAGGUUGGUAGCACUGACAUUGGCGGGGUCAACAUCAUCGCCUUCAGGCAGAUCAAUCAGUUUGACCUCAGCGGAAACGUCAUCACGUCCCCUGAACAUCUCCCAACACUAUCGGUGAAGCUGUAUAAGAGUGACAAUCUGGACAAUCCGAUCAACAGCGUCGCCCUGGGACAGUCGCUCUUCUUCCACUUCCCUCCUCUGGACAGAGACGGAGAGACCUAUAUUCUGAUGCUGUAUUCCACGCUGUCCCGCUCACAGUACGACUUCACCCUGCCCCAGAUCUCCUUCACGUCCACCGGCUACCACAAGCACAUCACGCUCACCUUCAACCCCACUCGUAAAGUGCCUGACCAGGACAUUGCCCAAGGCUCCUACAUAGCUCUGCCCCUCACGCUGCUGCUCCUCUUGGCAGCGUACAACCAUGAGAAGGUGAUCCCACUCCUGUUGCAGUUCGUGAACCGGGUCCAGGGAGUGAGGAGCAUGGCCCAAGCCAGCGGGGACAGUGCUGCCCUGGACGAAGCCAAACGCCAGGCCAAGAGACAGAAAACCAGGCGCACAUGAGGGACACAAACCACGGCUCACCUCAGGCCACACCUUUGUCCGCUAAACGGCACGCCGGCGCCCACAAGCCCCCCGACCCAGCGAACACUAAGACGGUCGGGUUCAACUGCUUCAGUAGCUGUGGCCGAUGGUGGGCACUGGUAAACUGUUUAGCUCGCUAAAGAUGUGCUCUGGCCCCGAGUGAAGCCCAACAUAAACCACUUGGUGUGCAUUGCCGCCACCUCAUCAGCCAAUCAGAUUCACCGGACUGAAAGCAUACAUUUUACAGGUUGUUUUGUGUGUUGUUGGGUUUUUUUUUUAGAACCAUUUUUUCUUCUUCUCCAGAACACUCAUUGUCUAAAGAAAUAUUGACGACAUUUGUGAUACAACAUGAGCCAUUUUUCUACCUUUGUAAUUUAUCUAUCUAGGUCUGCUUUUGUGUUUUGAAAGCACUUGCUUUUGAUCCUAACAUGGUUCAGGACCCUCAGUCACCAUGGGUAACCAUGUGUUGCUCCCCUACCAGCACUGGGGUCAGUUUUUUUUGUUUUUUUUCAGAAUUUAACUGGGAAUAAUUAGAUCUCAUUAGAGCCACCAGUGAUUUUUAAAAGAUUUUUUGGUAAAAAUUGAUUUGACUGGGCUCAAAUAAGGGUCAGAGUGACAAACAUUUGUCCAAAAAGAUUUUCAAAGCUUGUGGUUGUCAGCCUUUUAAACCUGUUGGGGGAAAAAAACAUGAGAAACUGAAGUCAAGAAUGUUCAAGUCAAGAAUCAUAUUUGAUUUUACACAAGUAACUUUGAAGAAAACCGAGUAUUUGUGCAUCAUUAUCAAUUAAUUAGAUUUUUAAAAAAAAACAUCAUUUCACAAGCUCCAAAUCUCGGCCACCCCACAUUUGAACCCAUUGAUUUGAUCUUAAACUGCGCUGACUGCUCUCCUGCCAUCACUAACGGGCGACUGUGUAACUGCAAACCACGAGUGAUGGACGGCCAAAGAUGUUGACGAGCUUUCUGCCGUUGACGGCCACAUCACUGAAACACACUCCCUCCACGCCCUGAUGGUUUUUUAUAAGCUGCUCAGCAAGAUGCAAGAUUGACUCGAUGUCAGCUUCUCCGUCAUCUCGGGGAGCCGAGGGUGGGUAAGAUGCUGGAAAUUUCGGUCUGAAAAUUUGGAAGGACAGUUUUUUUUUUUUUUUUUGUAGGGGCGGGUGGGGUGGGUGAGCUAUAUGGGGCUUACUUAUAGUUGAUUAAUUUAUUAACAAGUCUAAUCAGAUGUGAAUGUCUUACAAAAGUGUUGCUGUGUUUUGAGUGAUAUGCUGUCAGAUGACGGGCCAAGUGGGAACGUAAAAUUUAGAAAAAGACUCCGCAGAUCUAAAAAAAAAAACGAGCGAGUGAGAACAUCCACAAAGGGUCGGCCGCGACUCGGACAGAUAAGGCAGAAUUGUCAUUUCGUGAAGCUCAUUGUCUCGCCGCUCCGCCGCGAGAUGCACUGUGAAAAAGCUACGGAGCCCAAUUAUUUUUUUUCUGUCUUCAGUUCAUCUGCCCUGAGUUGUGGCUGACUUUCACUGAAAGAUGAAAAGGCCACUGACUAUUUACUGAGCUGAAAGAUAUUCCAAUUAGUCCACGUUUAGGGGGGAAGUUGAUUAGUUUGGGUGGGGUGGGAAAGGGGGGUGGGGGUGGAUGGGUGUAAUUGUCAUUUGGUCUGAAUCAGAAUCUCUAUUUCUUUUUUUUCUUUUUGAGAUAAUGAAUAAAGUUUGACUGGAAGUAAA